AUGAAAAAAUUGAUUGAAGCAACAAAAAAUGUAUUUUCAAAAAGAGAUCCUUCAGAGUUUGAUAAAGCAAAGAAAAUAUAUAAAGGACUGGGCAAAAAUGUUAAAGAAGCAUUAGUUAGUCUUGGACAAUUAAAUAAGAAUGUUGAUAAAAUGUCAGCUAAAAUCAUCGAAUUAGCUAAAGGAUUUAAGAAGGCAGAUGAUGGAAAGAAUCCCAAUAUUACAAAUCAGGUAAAUUGCAUACUUUUAUUCUCUGAGAGAGUAAAUCAUAUUACAACAGACUUCUUUGAUACGGAAAUAGAUCAAAAAGUAAAUGUCCCGAUAGAUUUGUUUGCAAAAGAAUAUGCAAGACUAAAAUUUUUAUAUAAAAAGCGAAAAUCUACAUUAAAAUUGGUAGAAAAUGCGCAAAAUGAAUGUAUAAAUCUUAGAAAACAGACUGGUGUACAGCCUGUUGCGCUUGAAAGAGUUGAUAAAGAACUUACACGCCUGAAUUUAAGAUUUGCUCAGAUAGACGAAGAUUUUAUAAAGACAACAUAUCGUCUUAAGGCACAAAAAUCAUAUCAAGUAAUUAAAAAUCCUACAAUUGCAUUAUCUCAAAUUAUGAGCCAAUAUUUGAAAUUAGUUUUUAAGGAAAUGACUGAUAUGAGAGUUGCAUUUCCACCGCAGAUUUUCCAGUCGGAAUCCGCCAAUUUUCAACAAAAUAUUAUAUUUUCGCAAAAUCAACAAUACAUACAAAAUGCUGUACCAGCUCCAAAUCCAUAUGAUGAGUUAUGA